AUGGAAAAAUCUACUAUACAGUCCUAUAAUAAAUUUGGAACUUUUCAAAUGCCUUACUACAUCCCACAUUUAAUUAUUCCCGAUUUUGAUUACAUACACUUCGAAAAAACUGCAUUAGCAAACCCUCACUCUCUCUAUCAAAUGAAUCUUAUCCAAGGUCAACUUGAAAUAAUGCCUCCAAGCCCAGUUCAUACUGAAACUGAAUUUGAUAUUAUUGGGCAACUUUAUAACUGGGUCUUUGCCAAUAGGAACUUGGUUGGAAAAGCUGGUGGUUCUCAAAGAUGCUAUACUUUACCUAAUACUAUUGAUGAUCCUAAACCUACCAUUCUGGGACCUGAUACUUCUGUUAAUGCUUUAUCAAAUGCUGAUAGACAUAUAGCAUUUCUACCAGUUGUAUCAAAUUUUAUUGUAGAAUUAUGCCCACAGAGUCAAUUAUUUCAGGAUUUUCAUAAAAAAAUGUUACUAUGGAUUAAUGGUGGAGUUGAAAUUUUGGAUACUAAGGCAAAGAAAGAACCAUGUGGUAAUCUGGAAAAAUGGUUCCAACCAAAAUCAUAUGACAUGAAAACCAUAACAAAUUCAGACAAUAUAUCUUUUGAAGUAUCUGAAUUAGAGCGAGAUAAUAAAAAUGAUAAGGUUGAUAUCAGUCAAAUUGUAGAACAAGAUCUAAUGCAAGAAUUGUCCCAGAAUACUUUUAGCAUUGAAAUUUAUUCAAAAAUUCGAUAA